GUGUGUGUGUGUGUGUGUGUGUGUGGUUUCUCUCAGCCCUGUAAGAAUGCCACCCGCCUGCCUGCUCCUGCUGUUGCUGCGGCUCUGACUUGCUUUUUUGCUCCCUCUUUCCUCUCUCUUCUCUUCCUGCUUAGCUCCUUGCCUUCUGACACUACUUCCAGUAUGGAGACUAAUCACUCUGAACAGCUCUCAACUGAAGAGUCAACUCUGCCAGGAGACAGUUCAUCAUCACCUAAUCAAAAUGGCCUGGGGAAGCAAAACGGUCAGGAUUCCUCAACCUCGCUCCAAGAACCAGAGCAGGCAACAAGUGUGCACCCUGUAAAGGGAGCUCAGGAUAUCUCCGAAGAGUUGAAUCGACAACUGGAAGACAUUAUUAACUUGUAUGGAUCUGCUGCCAGUACAAUAGGAAAAGAAGGCUCUGCCAAAACACAGGAGCAGCCUGAAAAUGCAGAGGCACCUGACAAUGAGGAUGGGGACUGUGAGGAAACCAAUGAAGAGGCCGAAAGAGAACCCCUUGCUUCUGAAGAACCAUCCAUAGUCAAAGAACCUGUUGGCAAUAAAGAGCAAAAACUGGAAAAGAAAAUCCUAAAAGGAUUAGGCAAAGAAGCCAACUUGCUAAUGCAAAAUCUGAACAAGCUACAGACACCUGAAGAAAAGCUUGAUUUUUUACUCAAGAAGUAUGCUGAAUUGCUGGAUGAACAUCRCACAGAGCAAAAGAAGUUAAAGGUCCUACAAAAGAAACAGAUGCAAAUCCAGAAAGAAAAGGACCAAUUACAAAGCGAACACAGCAGAGCUAUCCUGGCUCGGAGCAAACUGGAGAGUCUGUGCCGAGAGCUGCAGAGACACAAUAAGACACUGAAGGAGGAAACCCUCCAGCGGGCACGUGAGGAAGAAGAGAAAAGGAAGGAGAUCACAAGUCAUUUUCAAACUACCCUGACAGAUAUCCAGGCACAGAUAGAGCAGCAGAGUGAGCGAAAUAUGAAGCUCUGUCAGGAGAACACAGAGCUUGCAGAAAAACUGAAAAGCAUCAUUGAUCAGUAUGAGCUCAGAGAGGAGCAUCUGGACAAAAUAUUUAAACACAGAGAACUGCAGCAGAAGCUGGUGGAUGCAAAACUUGAGCAGGCACAAGAAAUGAUGAAGGAAGCAGAGGAGCAACAUAAACGAGAAAAGGAAUAUUUACUGAACCAGGCAGCAGAGUGGAAACUUCAGGCCAAAGUGCUGAAGGAACAAGAGACAGUGCUACAGGCUCAGCUUACUCUCUACUCUGGAAGGUUUGAAGAGUUCCAGAGCACGCUUACAAAAAGCAAUGAAGUGUUCGCCACUUUUAAGCAGGAAAUGGAUAAAACAACCAAGAAAAUGAAAAAGCUGGAAAAGGACACAGCCACGUGGAAAGCCCGAUUUGAGAACUGUAACAAAGCCCUAUUGGACAUGAUUGAAGAGAAAGCACUGAGAGCUAAGGAAUAUGAGUGUUUCGUGAUGAAAAUCGGGAGGCUGGAGAAUCUCUGUCGCGCUUUACAAGAAGAGAGAAACGAACUCUAUAAAAAAAUCAGAGAAGCCAAAGUGCCUGAACAGGAGGACCAAAGUCAGCAUAGUUCCGACGAAGAGCCAGAGGCAAAUGUCUCUGUGGAUCGAGAGAUAGAUGCAGAGGAGGCCAACAGUGUUCAAAACGCUGUGGCAAACCUGGCUGCAGCCUUCCAGGUAAUUCAGCAUCCGGAGUCCAGCCUCCAGCAGUCGGAAGCAUUGCCCUCAGCACUGGGCGGGCCUCGGGGCAGCGGUGGCCCCGCCCCCCUGAAGCUGGAAGCGCUCCCUCAGCUCCUUCUCGGGGGUUCAACUGACCCGCGGCCUCCUCCAGUCUCUCAGGCUGAGGCCCAAGGUGGUGAGGAGGCAAAGCCUGCCCCUGAGGUCAGUAAUCCCUUGACCCAGGCAGGAGCAGAACCCCGAGCUCAGAGUCUCCCCGAGGAGCCUCAGGCUGCUGAGUUGCCCCGGAAAUCAGGGGUCGGAGCUUCCGGUCAGGCCUCACAGGCCGCAUCCGAGGCYUCCCCGCGCGGGGUGGAAGCAGAGGGUUCCGCUCCACCACCUCCAGCCAAGGUGCAAGCUCCAGCAGGGUCGCCUGGGUGUGAGCCCAGCGAGCAGCCCCUGCCUGCAGCCUCAGAGGAGCUGGGCCCCGGGACCCCGGCCCGACUCCAGCUGCCCAUGGUGGCUGACACCAACCUGGAACCAGUAAACUGAGCCUCAUCGGCCCUCGGAAGCCAUUCUUUCCGACCUUACAUCUUCACCAUAUCCCACUGUCUCUGAAAGAGGCAUUAAGGGUUAGAGAUGGCAAACGGAGCACAGUUAGGAUCAAGACAUUUUAAUAUGCAGAACACAUUCAGCCUUUGCUGUUUAUUCUCAAUUUAUUACUGAUGUGGAGCUUUUCUAUUUAAUACUGAGUGUUAAUUUUUCCCAAAUGGCAGCAAAACAUACCAUUAGUAAAUUUAUAUUGUUUCCCUAUUAAGAUGGUACAUAAUUCAAUUUUUUAGUGAACAGGAAGAUUUGGUGUUUAAAGACUCCCACUACAAGAUCUAAAUAUUGACAAUGUGAGGUUAUAUUUAUUUCUACGUAUAGUGCAAAUUCCUUAGUAAUUAGUGGAUGUCCAGGUUCCAUUUAAACUGUGUACAUAAAGUAUACAUAUAUUCAUAUAUAAAUGUGUGACUAUAUACAUAUGUGUACAUAUAUACACAUCUAUAUAUUGUAUAUAAAUGUAUAUGUUACACAUGUAUUUCACCCCUUACGGAUUUCCCCCUAUGCAAAUUAUGUAGAUGCUAAUCAAAAAAUUCUCUUAUUUGCACUUGGGACUACAGUAGAUUCAGAACAUAGAUAUUUAGGUCAUCAUUACUGUUGGUCAAAAACAACUAAUCCUAUGUUAGAUCCAUAAGUUCAACCAACUGAUCAAAUGACAGAAUAGCGGUUGUGCAGAGUGCAUUGACUCAAAGAUGAUCACAAGAGACCCCAACACCAAACGGAAAGAAUCACAACUGUGGGUGAUUCAUCUCUCCCAGCUGCUUCUCCUAGAAUCCUCAGCCAGCUGCCUCACCCUCCUGCAACACACACACACCAGGUGGGGAGGCAACCCUCUCCUGACUAACUGCAAGAAAAGGGUUGGAAGUGGGAAAAGGAGCUAGGAAUGAGGGAUGAUGUUAUCUCAGACUGAGGAGAGACUGCCCUGGUCCUUUUCCCCACUACUGUCUCAAGACAGAAUAUUCCCUUCUUGGCUGUCUCAGACCCAUUGUAUAUUUUCAAAGCAUCUGUUCCUUCCUUCUAAUUCCCUCUAUUGUAGCAGAAAAUUCUGCCUAGCCUUCAUCUCAACCAAUCCUAAAUGAAACUAUUAUUUUUCUAAGACAAAAAUCCACACAGGAUUUCUAAAUAUGAGUGAUGAGGCUUAAGAGCCAAUGCAUUUUCUGCUUUGAAGGGUUUUCAGCAACAAUGAAGUAAGAAAGAAGAAAGGGAGGGAGGAAGAAGGAAGAGAAGGAAAGGGGGAGACUUCAGGGAGGAAAGAAAGAUGUCUAACCCAUUCCUACCUUCAGAGUUAAACUCAAGAGGAAAAAUGGAUACAAACAGGAUUCUCUACUACUCAUCCAGGAACUCAUUCUUCACUAUCACAUAUGGCUGUUUGCCAAAGCCCACAAAGAGCUUGUAAGCUGCAGCCAUAUGUUACAAGAAUUGUAAACUGCAUAAAAAAUUGUUUGAAGUAGGCAGUGAGGGUAAUAACAGAAAUGCUAG